GGUUUUAAGGGUGUGCGCAAGGAGAUCAGGUCUCUCACUCAUGAACUCGCCGCCAUGGAGGCUUUUCUCCUCAAGAUGUCGGAGGAGGAGGAUCCUGAUGUGCACGAUAAAGUCUGGAUGAAUGAGGUGCGGGAGCUGUCCUAUGACCUGGAGGAUGCCAUCGUUGACUUCAUGCAAAGUGUUGGUGACAAAGAUGAAAAGCCAGAUGGCUUCAUUGACAAGAUCAAGAGCUUGCUAGGAAAGUUGGGAAAGAUGAAGGCUCGCCACCAAAUCGGCAAGGAGAUUCAGGAUCUGAAGAAACAGAUCAUUGAGGUGAGCGAUAGGAACGCAAGGUACAAGGGUCGUGAGACCUUCUCCAAUGCCAAAAAUGCGACCGUUGACCCUAGAGCUCUUGCUGUAUUUGAGCAUGCAUUGAAGCUUGUUGGAAUCGAUGAACCCAAGGCUGAGUUGAUCAAGUUGUUAACUAACGAGGAUGGAGUUGCGUCAACACAACAACACGUGAAGAUGAUCUGCAUUGUUGGAUCGGGAGGAAUGGGCAAAACAACUCUUGCAAACCAAGUGUAUCAAGAGCUAAAAGAGAAAUUCAAGUGUAAGGCUUUCAUAUCUGUGUCACAAAAUCCAGAUAUGAUGAAUAUCUUCAGAACCAUUCUCAGUGAAGUCAGUUGCCAAGCUUAUGCUAGCACAAAAGCAGGGACUAUACGAGAACUCAUCGGCAAGAUCACCAAUGUUCUAGCACACAAAAGGUUCGGUUCUAUUUAUCUGAGUGUUUAUUUGUAUUUUGUUGUUGUUGACGAUAUAUGGGCUGUGGAUACAUGGGAUGUUAUUAAGUGUGCAUUCCCCAUAACAUGUUCUGGCAGUAUAAUAAUCACCACUACUCGUAAAAGUGAUGUCGCAGAUUUAUGUCGUUCAUCAUGUAGUGGUUGUAUCUAUAAUAUGAGGGCACUUGAUGUGGUGCAUUCAAGGCAACUAUUUCAGAGAAGACUGUUUGAUUCCAAUGAAGAUUGCCCUCCGAACCUUCAAAAAGUUCUUGAUGAAAUUUUGAAAAAAUGUGGUGGCAUACCUUUGGUGAUCAUUGCCAUAUCUGGUUUGUUGGCUAUCACGGAAAGAACAGAACAUAUGUGGAAUCAGGUGAAAGAUUCAAUUGGUCGUGCACUUGAAAGGAAUCCUAGUGUUGAAGCAAUGAUAAAGAUAUUGUCACUUAGCUACUUUGAUCUUCCUCCCCAUCUAAAAACAUGUCUCUUGUAUUUGAGUAUAUUUCCGGAAGAUUCUGUUAUUGAGAAAAGAGCCCUAAUAUGGAGAUGGGUUGCUGAGGGAUUCAUUCAGAAAGAUGGCAGAUACACAACAUAUGAGUUAGGAGAGAGGUGUUUUAAUGAGCUCCUCAAUAGGAGUUUGAUCCAAGUUGCAUGGACAAAUGAAUAUGGUAAGGUGGAGAGUUGUCGAGUUCAUGACAUAAUUCUUGAUUUCAUCAUAUCGAAGUCCAUUGAAGAGAACUUUGUCACUUUAAUUGGUGUUCCGUAUAUAACUAGCAGGACACAAAUCAAAGUUCGUCGUCUCUCUCUCCAAGUUGAUGAGGAAGGAAAUUCAAUAAGAAAGACUGGCAUGGUAUUGUCUCAUGUACGAUCACUCAAUGUGUUCGGGUAUUCCUUGGAAAUCCCUCCACUGAGUGAGUUUGGGCAUUUGCGUGUUUUGGACCUUGAGCUUUGCCACCAAGUUGUAAACCACCAUAUUACAAAUAUUGGGAGAUUGUUUCAGUUGAGGCGCCUCAACCUUAGAUGGACAGAAGUAAGUGAGCUCCCAAAAGAAAUCGGCCAUCUAUGUUGCUUAGAGAUGCUAGACAUAAGAGGCACCCAAGUACAAGAAUUGCCAUCAACUAUUGUGAAUCUCGGAAGAUUGGUGUGUCUGCUUCAUGAAAGUAGUGUUAAGUUUCCAAAUGGAAUUGAGAAGAUGCAAGCAUUAGAGAUGUUGGGAGAGGUCAAUGUCUAUAGGCAGCCAUUUAACUUCCCGCAAGAAUUUGGACAGCGACAGAACCUGAGGAAGCUGGCCCUCAAUUUUGAAGGUGCUUCCAUCUCUGUACAGGAACAUGAAGAGGAACAGUGCAAUAAAUCUAUUGCUUCUGCUCUUCGCAAACUAGAUACUCAGAACAUUCGUUCUCUAACUACUGUUUGUGGGGGGCGCUUCUUACAAUAGGGAUCUUUGUGCCCUGUUCCGUUUAGCCUCCAAGAAUUCAUUAUGACCAAGGGCUCGCAUGUGGAGCAAGUUCCGGAAUGGGUGAGCA